AUGAGCGCCGUGACCAUCACGCAAGUGAAGGUGCUCGACAACCCGGGGCCGUUCCUCUCGCCGCUCCGCCUCGAGAUCUCCUACGACUGCAUCCGACCGUUGGAGGACGAUUUGGAGUGGUCGAUUGUGUAUGUGGGGUCAGCCAACGACCCGGCCUAUGAUCAGGUGCUGGAGAGCGUUUUAGUUGGCCCAGUCAACGUCGGCAGCUUCAGGUUCAUCCUCGAAGCAGACCCACCCGAAGUUUCCAAAAUCGUGGAGGGCGAGAUCCUAGGAGUCACCGUUUUGCUGCUCACAUGCGCGUACCGAGAGCAGAAGUUUAUCCAAGUCGGGUACUAUGUCAAUAACGAGUACGUGGACGAGCAGCUGCAGCAGGAACCCCCUCCCAAGGUCGUGUUCGAUAAGCUAUCGCGCAACAUCUGGGCUGAGAAGCCCAGAGUUACAAAGUUUGCCAUCAACUGGGACCCAGUGGGAGGGUCGGGGUAUGAAGGAGGGUCAGGGUAUGAGGGAGGCUCAGGGUGUGUGGGAGACACGAUGAUGGAGGAUGGAGGUCAAGGGGUAGGGUAUGGUGGGGAAGGUGAGCAUCGGAGCUUUGGUAUUGGUUCGGAGCCUGCCCCUUGGGUUCCAGCUGAAUCAGUUGGUGCUGCAGCUGCGGAAGCAGGAGAUGCAGGAAAGCUGGAAGAAAUGAGUGGUGCAGGGAGCAUAAAAGCCAGAGAGGGUGCAGAGGUUACAGAGGCUACAGAGGUAACAGUAGCUGUUGGCCUGGCAGGUGAGGCUGCAGCUGUGGGCCGGACUGAGAUGGAUGUAGGCACGGAACCAGCACCCGGUGCUGGAUUGGAAAGUGGCUCGGGGGAAGCUGCUCCUGCAGUUCAUGUCACUGGUGGUGAAGGUCAAGACAACGGCGUGUGUGCAUCGGAUAUGCAAGAUAGGGAUGCCGAGGCUUUGUUUCAAGGCAGCCUGAGGGUGCAAGAGAGCUGCUGA